UAAAAACAUAAUAUAUCCCAUAUUAAAUAUAUCACUUCAAUAAUUUUUAUAAAACGGGAAAUACAAUGAAAAAGAGUGAAAUGACCAAGGAAUGAAAUAAAGAGGCAUUAGCCAAUACUUUAAUCAUUAUAUAAUUGCCAGAAAAUCAGGCUUUAAAUGAUAUUUUAGUAAGAAGAUAUGUAGUUACAGGCAAAGCAACCAUCAUGAUAACUUUCACAGGAAACAUCAAUAAAAUAGAAAGUAAAGAACUUUGACCUGUACAUGGACAACAACGACAAAAACACCAGCAGCAGCAUCAUUCAAAGCAAUUCAUUGAAAACAUUCAAAGUUGUACCAAAAAUGAGGAGCAGUGACAAACCAUCAGCCUUACGCAGAAAUCUGCCCAUAAUAAUAAGCACCAUUUUAUUGCUUUCAUGCUUUGGGGUGAUAUAUUACACAUUUUAUCCCUCCAUGUCAACAUCACUCUUGAAGGACGGAUCUGGUGAUUUAACGGAAAAAGCUGCAGUAAGUGAUCAGAUUAAGACCAUUGAUGAUAAUGAUCCACUAUUUAGACAUAGGGAGACAGAUAUUAUGACAGAUGGCGCACCUGUGAUGUAUGACAUAAAACAUACCAAGACAAAAGAUUUAACAUUUAGAAAUGAUUUUAACAACCUUGAACUAGAUGCUGGAAGAGUGGAGUAUGAUUUGCAUAUUGCUAAAAUUUUGAGAAAUAUUGAAGACGCUGAUAAUGUCGGAGGUACAUAUAACAUUGGGACCAAUGACAGAGGCGAGCCCAUAGGUAUCGAAGUUAAAAUAAAUGGAAUAAAAGGUAAAACUUCAGAAGAGAAAGUACAGAUCAGUGAUGCACUUAAGAAAUCAAUGAAUAAUGAUGGCAGCACAUUGCAUGAAAGUGAUAGUAUGUCUAUAGAAGACCAAAAGGAUGUUGCUGUAACAUCACCUGACAUAAAGAUGACAUCAAGAUCAGAUAUGACAUCAUUAUCAGACAUGAUUGAGACAUCACAAGUUCCAAGUUUGACAUCAGUUGAUGCAAGUAUGACAUCAGAAAGAAGCAGGGCGCCCCAUCUUCACAUAGUUACGAGUAUUCCUAUGUUAUCAGCAAGUGAAGAGUUGGGCAAAUUAGGAUAUGCUUCUUUAUCAUCGUCACAGCUUUUGCAGCGCCAUCUAGAGUUCAUGGGGACAUUGCAAAAUAAUCUUAAUUUAGACUUUGUUGAGCAAAUACACAUUUUAACAAACAUCAUAGAUAUGAAAAUCUAUCUUGAAAAUGAAAAUCUGGACAAUUUUGAUAAAAUAUCUGUACAUUAUAUUGAUGUUGGUAUAACCUACAGAGUUAUAAUGGAAUUUAUAUCUGAAAACUUGGUACAUGAAUGUGUUGUUUUUAUGAAUGGAGACAUCUAUCUGAGUAAUGAGUUUACUAGAGUUAAUUCAAGUAAAAUGUUGGAGAAACACAUUGCGUAUGCAAUAACACGAAUGGGCAAUGAAAUGAGUGGACUGCCUUUCGUGCAAUGUCCAGUGGAGAACCUAUGCGUGAAGAAAUAUCAUGGUUCCCAUGAUGCAUUUGUAUUUGUUUUGGAGGAGCCAUUUCCCCAAGAUGCAUUAGAGAAUUUGGAUUACCCAAUGAACAAGCUGGGAGCUGAGAAUGUCCUUAUUUGGCAACUGGAAAAAAAGAUGGGCUACACAGUUUUAAAUCCUUGUAAAAUUUUACGGAUUUUCCAUAACCAUUGCUCAAAUAUCCGUGCCAAUUUUACGGUGAAUCUCAAAGAAAGGGUAGAUACUGGAAUGCAUGGAAGAGCUCCAUAUAGUAAUUCAUUGUAUACAUAGGACAAGAGGUUGAUUCCCAGAGUUCAUUUGAUUUUCAUACAGUAUAUUAAUGCAUGGAAGAGCUCCUUAUAGUAAUUCAUUGUAUGCAUAGGACAAGAGGUUGAUUCCCAGAGUUCAUUCGAUUCUCAUACAUAUUAAUGCAUGGA